AGAAGGAUCCCUGGGCUGGCUCCGCCCAGCCAGCCCUCAAAAAAGAAAGCCGCUUCUUUUGGUGAUACUAUUGAGCGUACUGGUGGAUCAUUGCUGCUGCUGAGACAUUGUUUGCUGAUAAUUGCUGAAACUCAGGGACUUCUUGAUCGAGAGAGAUGUGGACCCACAUGGACAGUGUUUGGAAAAAGAAACCCUUAUAGGAAAUCCAGAUUCUCCAGUUACAAGCUGCUUUGGUGGGAGAGAGAGAGAAGAAAGCAAAACCCGGCCUGUUGGCAUCCUGGUGUCUGCACCAUGGCUGAUCCAAGCUACAGGAAGAGGCUUAAGCCUGAAGUGACUUGCCCCAUUUGCCUGGACUUUUUCACAAAUCCAGUGACGCUUAUAUGUGGGCACAAUUUCUGCCAGACCUGCCUUGUCAACUGCUGGAGGGAAUCAUCUGGAAACGGUGCCUGUCCUGAAUGCAGAGCGAGAGUUCAGGAGAGGGACUUGAAGCAAAACUGGCAACUGACCAAUGUGGCUGAGAUAGCCAAAGAGCUCUGGGUGGAGGCAAAGCAGAGAGUAGCAAGAUGGACAGUCUGCGAAAGGCACCAGGAGCCCCUGAAGCUCUUCUGCAAGGAGGAUGAAGCCCCCAUCUGUGUGGUGUGCAAGGAAUCCAAGGAGCACCGAGCACACACUGUGGUUCCUGUGGAGGAGGCUGCCUUGGAGUACAAGGUUCAGAUCAGCACAAGCCUGAAGAUUCUGAGGCUGGAAAGCUUAAAGAUUCUGGCAAAUAAAGCAAAGACAAAAAAGGAAAGCGAAGACCUCCUUGAGAAAACAAGAGCAGAGAAAGAGAGCACAGUAGCAAAGUUCAAAGAACUGCAACAGUUUCUGGAGGACCAAGAGAAACUCUUGCUGGCCCAGAUGGAAGAGGUGGAGAAGGAGAUUGAGAGAAGAAGAGAGGAGCAGAUGGCCAAACUCUCCGAGGAACACUCCGCUCUUGAAAGUCGUAUCCAGGAGAUAGAGAAGGCGUGUCAGCAGCCAGCCCAUGAGCUGCUGCUGGAUAUCGGGAGCACCUUGCAGAGGUGUAAGAAGGAGCCCUUUCAGGACCCAGUGGCAUUUCCCCUUGAACUGAAGUGGAGGAUUGUGGACAUUUGCGAUAUAAAUCUCUUUCUGCAGGGUAUCAUGAAUGAAUUUAAAGGCACACUUCUAUCUGGAGUCCGGCUGCAGAAAGCCAACGUCACUCUGGAUCCAGACACAGCUCAUCCCCAACUCAUCCUGGCUGAGGAUCUUAAAAGCGUGAGAUGGGGAGUCGAAGAUCAAGACCUGCCCAAGAAUCCUGAGAGAUUCAGCAAAUACUGUUGUGUGCUGGGAUGUGAGGGAUUCACAGCAGGCAGACACUGCUGGGAAGUUGCUGUGGGAAAUAAAGGUUGGUGGGCUGUGGGGGUUGCUAGAAAAUCUGUGGAAAGAAAGGGUGAUAUUGACUGGAGUCCAGAGGGAGGCAUUUGGUCUAUGGAGAUGUGGGAAGGUGGGUACUGGGCUUCCAGUUCCUUACAUGAUCUUCUUCUGUCCAUGACAAGUGGGCAGCUAAAGAAGGUUCGAGUGACUUUGAACUAUGCUGGGGGGCAGGUGGCCUUUUUUGAUGCUGACACAGCAGCUCUGAUCCACACAUUCUCAGGGGUCUCGAUCUCUGGAGAGACCCUCCUCCCUUUCUUUUUUGUGUAUGCAAAUGCCCCUCUGACACUGCAUCCCUGAAGCAGUAAAAAAGUGGAGAGAGAUGGAGAUACAUUCCACACACACAUAAACGUGCACAGCUUCCAGCCCAAGAAUUGGCUGGGUGUGUGGGGGGGAUGCUUAUUUCUUCUUGGAGUUAGACUGAAUUUGCACAGUACUAAUUAGCCAGAAUCAAUCAUGAAGGAACAGCCUCCUCUUCUUCUGCAGGGCUUUGCACAGACCUGAUUGGCUGGCCUUUGUGUCAGUAAGGAAGCCACUCCCUGCUCCUACCACUGAGCCAGUUGCAAAAUACAAAAAUGAGGGUGCAUUAAUGAUUUAAUAAAGUUCUGGACAACCUUGUGAUCAGGUAGUCAUGACAGGCGAUGGGGUGGGGGUCAGACAGCAAUCCUGCCUUGAUUCACUGCUGUGUCUGUCUUUCUGUCUUCAGCCUUCCCUUUGGCUCUAGCCAACUAUAGCCACAAGCCUUGCUUGGUUAAUUCUUUGGACCUCCAGUAGGGUAAAUUAAAGACGGCAAUUUGUUCCUCAUGAGCAGCUCUGCAAAGGCCUCUAAAGAUCAGAGUCACCAGAAUUAACCCACUUAAAUGGAGUCUGCUUCCACUCUUCCUUUUCCAGCAUUCCCUCUGGCUUUUUUUUUUUUUUUUAAGAGGCAGAAACACAUUGACACAAUGCUGGAUUUAUUUUGCGCAAGGUCACAGUUCUACAUGAGUCUCACCCUGAUCAUCCGUGGAAUCUCCAUGACCCUUGGCUCUAAUUUGUAUCCUCUUCUCCCCACCCCACCCCGCCCUCUAGAUGUGAACAUUCAUACACAUACCUAAAGCCCUCCUUCAUGGUUACUUCUCAGGAAGGCUGACAUGACAUUCUAGGCAAAGUUGCGCUAUUCAAAGAGGAUACUUUGCUGGUCAUUUGGCAAUCUGCCUUCUAGAUGAAGAUCCUCCUGCAUCAGUUUCACUGACCAAAGAGAAUAUUGCUCUGGGGGGGUGGGG